CCCACACACUCCCACCCAACCCGGCCCCCGGCGCCACACCGCGACGCGACGCGACGCAGCCACCACGCAGGCGGACGCGGCCGAGCUACGGACAAAAGCCUCCCUCUCCAUCCCCCGGUCCAGCGAGCGAGAGACCGCCACCGGCACCGGCACCCAACGGGACCUGGCACGCCGCGCGCCCUCUGGCCUCCGUGCGUCCCCCAUGGUCUCCACGAACCCGCCGCCGCCGCCGGCGCUGUCCGAGGCGGCCGCCGCCGUGUCGGGCGACGACGCCAGCAAGAAGGUGCGGAAGCCCUACACCAUCACCAAGUCGCGGGAGAGCUGGACGGAGCAGGAGCACGACAAGUUCCUCGAGGCCCUGCAGCUCUUUGAUCGUGACUGGAAAAAGAUAGAAGCUUUUGUUGGUUCGAAGACUGUCAUCCAGAUAAGGAGCCAUGCACAGAAGUAUUUUUUGAAGGUUCAGAAAAAUGGAACCAGCGAACAUGUCCCACCUCCACGACCGAAGCGUAAAGCUGCCCACCCAUACCCUCAGAAGGCCUCCAAAAAUGAGCCAGGAUAUGCCCUGAAGACAGAUCCAUCUGCCAUGCUUAGAAAUUCAGGAAUGAACGUGGCUGUUUCUCCAUGGACCCACAAUUCUAUCCCACCAGUUGUCGCCUCAUCUUUCAUGAAAGAAGAUUUAGGUGCUGGGUCUAUGGGUCCAAACAUUUUUUGCUCAAGCAGUAGUGAAGGCCCUCCAAGGGCAUGGCAAUCUGGUGAAACCAAUGACCAGAUAAAUCAAGUUCCAUCACUCCGCAUUAUGCCAGAUUUUGCACAAGUAUACAGCUUCUUAGGCAGUGUUUUCGAUCCAAGCACAAAGGGCCAUUUGCAGAAACUGAAGGAGAUGAAUCCAAUUGAUGUUGAAACAGCACUGUUGUUAAUGAGAAAUCUCUCCAUCAACUUGACCAGUCCUGAUUUUGAAGAUCAAGGUUUGCCCAAUUGCCAUGGUUUCUGCCUUUCUGGUACUGUCAGUACAACUUGUUGCCACUGUGCAGAGUGACUGGAAUAUUUGGGCAGCUAUCAUGUGUCUAAAGUCAUCAUGUUUUGCAAACUUUCAAAAUUAUCAGAAAUUUGGUAUGUGCUGAUACCCAUUUCUUCUCCAAAAUCGAAAAGGACCAAAUUUAAUUUGUAUUGUAAAUAGUCAACCUUCAAGGGAAAAUGUGUCUCUUAAGCAUGUUGGGCCUGGGAAGUAAGAAUGAUUUAAACUGAUACUCAACUCCAGCAUUCGUAUUAGUUCCAUUACCUGUUCAGAAAUUAAAUUGUUUUAAUCUGAAAAGGGAACUAACAUGUAUCCUAUGCAACAUAAUACAGAGGAAGUUGCUGUCUUCGUACAAUUCCACCUCUGAUGGGCUAGAGCUAGGGAGCUCCAGAAGCUCACUUCUUACGGAUAAUGCAUUGAGCCUUUUUUGAUAGUUCAUGAUUAAAGGCAGAUGGUGCCGCCUAUAGUUUCAUCUCGAUCUCUGAAUAGGGGGUUUUCCUGGAGCACCCAUGAAGGCGCUUUCACCAUUGUAUUUCUAGCUAGCUUCGAACCGUAGAAUGUGUAAGGGUGCAACCAUGUACAGUAGGCUUCCAUAAGGUGAGAUCUGUCUAUAGCCUGAUGUGUAUAUAUUUUCGCCCCGAAGCGUGUAUCUUUCCUCCCCCGAUACCUUGGCCAUCAAGGUGCAUGGAUGUUGCUUCAGUCAAAGCUUGAAAGUGCUGUCCUUGGUGAUGGUAAAUGGAAAGGAAAUUUUGAGUAA